AUGACGGACGAACGCACUCUGCUGCUGGAAAAUGCAUCACCCAAAAACUCAGUAUUUGGGGGAGAUGUCAACAUCCAAGAAGCACUUCAGAAAGACAUCCCCGAGACCGACGAGGAGAAGAAACUUCUGCGGAAGAUCGAUCUACGACUCAUGCCGAUUAUCUGGGUUAUGUAUAUUCUGAAUUUUGUGGACAGGACGAACAUCGGCAAUGCAAAGAUUGCCGGUAUGCCCGGGGAUCUGGGUCUCGAUGACUCGCAGUUUGCAUGGGCGCUCAGCGUGUUCUUUGUUGGUUAUUUGAUGAUGGAGGUCCCGUCCUUCGAUAUUUCUCCCAGCUAUCAUGUUGGUUUGGGGUGCUCUCAGUGUUGCCAUGGCUGGUAUCCAUACCUACAGGGAAUUGGUCGCUUUCCGGUUCGUCCUGGAUGCAUCGAAGCUGGAUUCUUCCCAGGAGUAUUAUAUUUACUUUAUUGCUGGUACAAACCCGCCGAAAUUGGGAAACGAUUCGCAAUCUUCUUCAGCGCCGCAGUUCUCGCAGGCGCCUUCGGUGGACUGCUAGCUGGUGCAAUCACUCAGAAGAUAGCUGACUUCCACGGAAUUUCUUCCUGGCGCUGGCUUUUCAUCAUCGAAGGAGUAGCCACAGUAUGUGUUGCCAUCGUCGCCAAGUUCAUCCUAUUUGACUUCCCAUCAACAUCACCUACUCUGUCACUGGAAGAGCGUCAACUGACUACUGUCAGACUCCUGGCAGCAGGCGUGGAAUCUAGCUCUCAUCAUGACGGGAACAGGCUCAACCACUGGCAGGCAUUUGUAGCAACUGUGUCUGAUUAUCGAACAUUCUUGUUUAUGUUCAUUUGUGUUUGCAUCAUUGGUGCGGCGACAAUCCAGUUCUUCAUUCCAACGAUCACUGUGGCAUUGGGGUACGAAACAGUCGCAGCUCAAUACAUGACAAUCCCGAUAUACAUCAUCGCUGCAAUCUUCCUCAAUAUCGCAGCUGUCUCGGCAGAUCGUCUCCAAGAACGCAGGUGGCAUGUCACAAUUUCUUUGGCUCUGGCAUGUAGCGCAGCUGUGGUCUGUGUCAUCGUCACCAAUCCCAUAGUGCGUUAUAUCAUGCUCUGCUUUGUGGUGUCGGGGAUCUGGACUUCGAUUCCCCUCGUCUUUGCAUGGAUGAGCGAAAUCAUCAACAUCCCAGCCGAGAAGAGAGCAGUCUGCCUUGCGCUGGUCAAUUCGGUUGCUAAUCUGUCGUCGGUUUUCGGAAGUCGACUCUGGCCGAGUUCUACAGCUCCUCAUUAUACGUUUGGAUGGGCUGUCACUGCGGGGUGUCUGGGUUUUGCCGCAGUCACUGCUGUCUUGAUACCGGUUGUUCUGAAAUCUAUCCCACCUUACGUGACAAAGGCUGAGAGAGAGCUGCAAGAUAGGAAGGAUGCGAUGGGAGCUGAUGCUCAGAGUUCUGAGGCAUAA